CACGUGUCGGCCCCGUCCCGGUCUUGCCGGGGGGGAGGAGCUUCACUGGAACGGGAUCCUCGCCGAAGCCCCCAUGGCAUCCUCACCCCGUGAGGCCCGUGCCCGAGCUUCUCGGAGAGUCCGGGGCCGGGGAAGUCCCAGGAGCCAGAGGGACAAGAAGGCUCACUCUGUGCCCAGCAUUGCUUGAAUAAUCUAUUGCAAGGAGAAUACUUUAGCCCUGUGGAACUGUCGUCGAUUGCACACCAGCUAGAUGAAGAAGAGAGGAUGAGGAUGGCAGAAGGCGGAGUUACUAGUGAAGACUAUCGCACAUUUUUACAGCAGCCUUCCGGAAAUAUGGAUGAUAGCGGUUUUUUCUCUAUUCAAGUUAUAAGCAAUGCCUUGAAAGUUUGGGGUUUAGAACUAAUCCUGUUCAACAGUCCAGAGUAUCAGAGGCUUGGGAUUGACCCCAUAAAUGAAAGAUCGUUUAUAUGCAAUUAUAAAGAACACUGGUUUACAGUUAGAAAAUUAGGAAAACAGUGGUUCAACUUGAAUUCUCUUUUGACGGGUCCAGAAUUAAUAUCAGACACAUACCUUGCACUUUUCUUGGCUCAAUUACAACAGGAAGGUUAUUCUAUAUUUGUUGUUAAGGGUGAUCUGCCAGAUUGUGAAGCCGACCAGCUCCUGCAGAUGAUCAGGGUCCAGCAGAUGCACCGACCAAAACUCAUUGGAGAGGAACUAGCACAACUGAAGGAACAGAGAGUCCAGAAAGCUGACCUGGAACAAGUCUUAGAAGCAAACGAUGGGUCAGGAGUGUUGGAUGAAGAUGAGGAGGACUUGCGGCGGGCGCUGGCCCUGAGUCGCCAGCAGAUCGACAUGGAGGAUGAGGAGGCUGAUCUCCGCAGGGCUAUUCAGCUCAGUAUGCAAGGUAGUUCCAGAAAUAUAUCUCAAGAUAUUCCCCAGGCGUCAGGCACACAUCUUACUUCAGAAGAGCUUCGGAAGAGAAGAGAAGCCUACUUUGAAAAGCAACAGCGGCAGCAGCAGCAGCAGCAGGAUCCACCAGAACAGCUUUCGCACCCAUCUGAAACGCUGACCACAAGUUCAGGAGCACUGGGCAGUGAUCCAGGUGAUACUAUGAGUGAAGAAGACAUGCUUCAGGCGGCUGUGACCAUGUCUUUAGAAACUGUUAAAAAUAAUUUCAUAACAGAAGAAAAAAAAUAACUUUUACAAAUCUCUAAAAUAUUUGUACUUCCCAGCAUCAUCCUGUGUGAUUUCACGCAUGGGGCCCAUUUUGAUCAUGUGUCAGAGAGGACAGUAUUCACUGGAGGACAUGAAACUUUUAGGUGGUUUGCAAAGAAAAAGAUGAGUGAGUGGCAAAACGUGUCCGUGAAAGGACUGAAUAAUUAAUGAUCCUUCAAAUACUAGCCAAAGAGGCAUUCAGCAAUUAAAGAAAUUAAAACUAGUUUUUUAAAUGUUCCUUUUUUGUUUUUCAGUGUGCAAUAUCUAACAUGUUGAAAAUUAGGGCAUUUUUCUUGGAUCUUUUUGCAGACCAACUAAUAAGUUCUUGCCACAGAACUUUUUCCAUUCAUUCUGUUUUCUUUUCCUCCCUGCUGUGUAGGUAAUUUGGCUCACCUUCAUCACCUGCUACUCGCUUCAUGUCUCAUUAACUGAAGUAACCUUUCAGGACAGUGGCUCUUCUCUGUGUUGAUGAGAGUAAUGCUUCCAGAAAGAAGCGCGUCCACCCCCUACCCCCCCCCCCGUGUGUUGUGCACUUGGGUGUUUUCUCCUGUCAUCGUGUCUCUGGUCACAGUUUAUCUACUGCCUGGUUUUUAUUAUUUUUCUACAACUCUUUUAAAAGAUGGUUUUCUUUCUUGAGGUUUUGCUUGUUAAGGCCUCCGAGAUGGGUUCAUUAUUUCAGGAUUCUGGUGCAUUCCUAACCUCUGAAAUCAGCUCUGCACAAGGAUUUAAGAAUAGAGGAGCAUUUUUAAAAAGUGCGAGCCCGCCCUUCCCCAGAUGCGCUGUGAUCUCAGUUUCGGCAGAGCUUUGCAGCUCUCUGGGAACCCUGUAUCCAGCCCCUUCUCGUUUCUCCUUUCCCAGCUGAGAGGAACAAGCGCAGUGUGCGGGCAAGUCUCCUUCUGUUGUCAGACAGCAUGUAGUACCCACCGUGAAUGUAUGAGACAAACUCGGCCUUCAGUUUUAGUAGCAGAUUCUUUUUUUUUUUCUCUUGUGACUGGAGCUCCCCGUUGUGUUUGCAGCUGAGUCCCAGAGUGUGGGUGUCCGCCUCUGCUGUCCAUCUUCUCGUGGGGGUAGCUUGCCAGAGAUGAGGAUCUGGAACAUGAGAAGAGGUUACUAACAAAAACAUGUUUAAAUUUGUGCUGUGACUUAACACUUGCAUCAUGUUUGAAAUAGCUUAAUGCUAGAAGUCGCACAGUACUGAAUGGGUCUGUAAAUAAGAAAGUCUUUAAUUUUGAUAAAUAGUCUUUAAUUAGGAUGCGCAGAGGGUUUCUCGCUAGGUCAAGGCGAUGGCGUGACUUAGGGGACAAUUAACCAUGUCUUUCUGAAACGGGCAUUUUAGAUUCUGUCAUCUGCAUUGCAUCCCUCAUUCUCUAGUCCCAUUCGAAGCCCUUUUGGAUGUUGAACUAUCCAUAAGCUAAAAUUUAGGAAGUAAUUUCAGCCAGUGACUUAGAAAAUUAAGGGACGGUGUGUGGCAGCACAUGUUUCAUCAGGGAAGUUUUUUUGAUUAGGGUUCAUUGCUAAGCAAAAAAGAUGAGAAAAUGCCUUUUGUUUAUGAUUUUGAUACAGCUUUUUUCUUGGGAAGAGACAGACUUUUUUAGUCAUUAUUUUGUGCCAAAUGAAGUUUCUUGAAGUUUUCCUUACAUAAAUUUAGACAGUUUUACUUUCAAAUCUAGUUUUCUUUUGACAACUGAAAAUGUUCCAGAAGAAUUACAAGAAUUUAGAACUGCAGAGGAUGUAAGAGUUUUAUACUGCUCUCAAGAUACACAAAUAAAAAUAUGUAUUUGGCCUUACUUUUCCCAUUGGAAAUUUACAUAAAACUUUUCAUACACUUUAACUGAUGAGCUAUCUAAUAUAAAAAUGAGAAGAGAAAUAUGUAUAAGUUUUAACCUUAGAGUUUAUAAACUUCUUAUAUUACAUACCCUUGUUAAAAGCCUUUAAGGAAAUGUGGUAUGUUGACCUUCAUUUAUUAAGGAUUUUUUUAUAAGCAAAGCUGAGCAUACACUGGAUACAUAUGAAUGUUUAUUUUGUGUGACAUUGUUACAUUUGGCAGGGAGUUACAGAAUCACUUGUCAACUGCCAUCUUGUUUACAUUGGCUUAAAUUUAAUCGAACGUUGCAACACCAUUGAUUGGCCAGUAUGAAAAGAUGCUAGUGUUCAUAACCACAAUAUCAGAAAAUUAAAAAGCCACACAAAGCUGUGGGUCACACAUCAGGAACUGCUGUUUACAAUGAACCGCCUGCAAGAAAGUCCAGAACCAUGACAUUUACCAUAACUGCCCUGCUAACCACUUUAGAUUGAGAUUUCCAUUCUGUUUUACUAAUUGGGAACGUGUUACUGUUUAACAUUUAAACUCGUGGUAUCAUUUUCUAAUGUAUAAUUUGCAUCACCUGGAUGACAUACAUACAGUGGCAAUGCUAGUAAAGUUUGUAAGGAAAGUUUAAACAAGCUUUAGAAAUGCCACUUUCAUUUCAUAUUUUGAGAUGUCAUAGAUUUAAUAAGUAGUUUUUUAUGUUUUAAAAAUUCAGAAUAGUUCUGAUCUAAAACCAUCAAUAUACAUUUUUACAGUAAGUAACUUAUAAACAUUUCUGUGUUGCACAUCGUUUGAAACGGUUGCUGUAGGUAAACUCGAUUUCAACUCUAAGAUCUUGGCCAAAUAAUUUACAGUUCACAGAAUAUUUAAGGAGGUGCUUUUUCCCCUUAAAACUUGAUUUUUCUUAAAUAACACUUAUUCAUGCCAAAGUUAAUGAAGAAAUAAGCUCAAAACUAGUUGAGAAUCAUCAUAGGCAAAACUACCACUAGUCUACAUCGUUUCAUUGAAUAUCAAGUUCAAUAACGUCAGCCACAUGUUUCAUGCCUGCAUGCUUAAAACAGUGCCAUGCUGGUGCCAAGAUUCACUCAGUGUCUUCACACUGGCCCAUUGAGCCUGUGCAGACUUGAUCUGGAAUUUUAAGAAUUAAUGCUAGUAACAUCAUUUUUAAAUGUACGGUAAUUGGCCUAAAUUAAUAAUGUAUCAAUUCUUUAAGCCUAUGGACUCAUAGAAAGGAGUAGGAAGCACUAGUGAAAGAUACUUGGAAAUUCCUGAUCUAUUGAGGAAGCACUUCAGUUGUUUCUUGCAUAGGUCAAAGGUAAAUGUUUCUAGCGUUGUUUUAGAUUGAAUUUACUGGGGUGACACUGGUUCACAAAACACAGCUCAGCAAAACAUCACCUGGACACUGCAUAGUGUGCCUGUCACCCAAAGCGCAGCUCCUUUCUCCAUUCAACCUGGCCUUUGCCCACCUCCACUUCCCGCUGCCCUUCCCCCUCCGGCUGACACUACCCUGGCGUGUCUGUGUAUUACGAAUGUUUUUGUUUCUUUGUGGUUUUUUGCUUAGUCCUUUCACCUUUCAUCCAACCCCCCCAAUCCCUCUCCCUCUGACAGCCGUCAGCCUGGUUUGUGUAUCCGCGCCUCUAAAGAGGAAAAUGCAUUAGAAUGUGCUUAUCUAUUUUCUAAAACUGUGGGUUACUAGAAAUAACUUUUAACAAUUACUCUUCUGUAUAAAUACACUAUUUGAAAUUCAAGUUCAAAAAACACCUGAAAUAAAAAGCAUUGUCUUUUGGCUGUGACCCAAGUGCACUGGGACAGUGCCGUUUGCUCAGGACUCGAUUCUGCAGCCCUCUCCGAGUUCGCGUGCCGUUAAGGCUUGGCAGGCCUUGCCGUCUGGCCCUGAGGAGAGCUGGGCUUCCAAAGCACUGUUGGACACUGAGGAGUGUACUGUUGGUGUGGAUGUUCGAUGAGUUGUAUUUUAAAUAUCAAAGAUGAUUAAAUAAAGAUGUUUGCUUUUUUA